AUGGGAGAACCCGAAGCCGUCAGGCAUGGUGAACACAACACAGCUGCCGCGGAAGUGAAUCCCGAGCAGGACGAGCCGCCGUCUAUACCGCGGCCCCCGCCCAUUCCCAACCCGGUCCCUCAGCGGCCUGCCCAUUCGGUUCCUGUCACGGACAUAGGUCUCCUCUGGCAAACCGACCUUGAAAAUGGCCUCUCAAAGGCCGAUGCUGCCGCCCGUCUUGAACGGGACGGGCCUAAUCGUAUCGAGGGCGCAAAGGGCCUAUCCAUUUGGGAGAUUGUCAUGAGACAAAUCUCCAACAGUCUGACCUUGGUUCUUGUCAUCGUCAUGAUUCUGUCCUUUGCUAUCCAAGAUUACAUUGAAGGAGGUGUUAUCACCGCCGUUAUCCUUCUUAACAUCGUCGUGGGCUUUGUCCAGGACUACAAUGCCGAGCAGACUAUCCAGAGUCUGUACGCGCUGUCCGCCCCGACGUGCAAGGUCGUCCGCGACGGAAUCGCGGAGACCAUCAAAGCCGAGACUCUGGUCAAGGGUGAUCUUGUCAUGAUCGCUGUCGGUGAUGUCGUCCCAGCAGACCUUCGUCUCCUCGAGGGAAUUAACCUCUCCAUCGACGAGGCCCUCCUCACCGGCGAGUCGCUGCCCAUCAGCAAGCACCCAGAGGCACUCUUCGAGGAGGCUGAUAUCCCCCUCGGCGACCGCAUCAACAUGGUUUACUCAGCUACCACCGUCACUCGAGGACGCGCUCGCGGUAUCGUCACCACCACUGGUAUGGAAACCGAGGUCGGCAAGAUCGCCAUGAUGCUUCGAACUACUCGUAAGAGAGACGAGAAUGCCUCACUUCCCGCCCGUGCUCUCGCGCGUUCCAAGGCUGCCAUGAAGAGCAUCCUGGGUCUCGAGGGCACCCCUCUUCAGGUCAAGCUUAGCAAGUUCGCUCUUCUGCUCUUCGGUCUGGCUAUCCUGUUGGCCAUCAUCGUCUUCGCGGUCAGCAAGUUCGACAUUGAUGAUCAGGUUCUCAUUUACGGUAUCUGCGUCGGUGUCGCCGUCAUUCCCGAGUCCCUUAUUGCCGUCCUCACCAUCACUAUGGCUGUUGGUACCAAAGCAAUGGCGUCUGGAAACGUCAUUGUUCGCAAGCUCUCCUCUCUCGAAGCCGUUGGUGGUGUCACCAACAUCUGCUCCGACAAGACAGGUACGCUCACGCAGGGACGAAUGAUUACCAGAAAGAUCUGGCUGGCCGAAGAUACGACCGCCAUUAUAGAGGGCACUACAGACCCCUACGACCCUACCAGCGGCAAAGUGCGUUGGCCUGGAUCGACCGCAUCAAGCUCGGGCUCUAGUGGAGCAUCGACUCCAACGGUCGAGAAGUCUGACGACACUAUCAUCUCUUCGUCCUUUGGCGCCUUCCUCAAGGCUAUUGCCCUGUGCAACAACUCCGCUGUUACCGAUGGCAAGGCCUCGACCGAUACCGAGUCUAUGACUACUGCUACUGAGGUACCAGUUUCUUGGACCGCCAUCGGUGAGCCUACCGAGAUUGCCCUUCAGGUCUUCGCUAUGCGAUACGGAAAAGGAAAGGCCGACCUCAUCUCGUCUGAAAAGACCAAGAUGUUGUACGAAUUCCCCUUUGACUCCACUUGCAAGCUCAUGAGUGUCGUCUACGAGUUCCCUGGCGCUCCCCGCCAGGUGUUUACCAAGGGUGCAGUCGAAGUCAUGGUCGAGAGGUUGGCCGAAUCGGACGACGUCAAGCAGAGGAUCGCGGCCAAGGCUGACGAGCUGGCCUCAGAGGGUCUCAGAGUUCUCUGCGUUGCUCAACGAUUCCUUGAAGACGCUGAUAACGCUAGCGAGAGAAACGAAACGGAGUGCAAGCUCCGCUUCCUAGGUCUUGCUGGCCUGUACGACCCCCCUCGUGUCGAGACUCUCGGAGCCGUCAAGAAGUGCAACACGGCUGGUAUCUCAGUUCACAUGGUCACCGGAGAUCACAUUAAGACUGCUACUGCCAUUGCUCAUGAGGUCGGGAUCCUGCGUGGCGGCGAGCCAUCCACUGCAGUCAUGGCCGCUGGACAAUUCGACGCCAUGACCGACGCCGAAGUUGACGCUCUUGAAGCCCUUCCUCUUGUGGUCGCUCGAUGCAGCCCUAUGACCAAGGUUAGAAUGCUCGAGGCCAUGCAUCGUCGCAAGGCUUACUGCAUUAUGACUGGUGACGGUGUCAACGAUUCGCCUGCUCUCAAGAAAGCUGAUGUUGGUAUUGCCAUGGGCAAGAGAGGCAGUGACGUUUCCAAAGAGGCAGCGGACAUGGUUCUCACCGAUGACAACUUUGCUUCCAUCGUCACCGCCAUUAAGGAAGGUCGCCGCUUGUUUGACAACAUCCAGAAGGUCAUCCUUCUCCUUAUUGGUCUCUCUUUCAAGGACAGAAGUGGCACCUCCAUCUUCCCUCUGUCUCCUUUGGAGAUUCUAUGGGUCAACCUUAUCACUUCCUCAUUCCUGGCUAUCGGUCUUGGUCUGGAGGAGGCUCAACCCGAUAUCCUCCUGCGUGCCCCCCACAGUCUCCGCGUCGGUGUCUUCACCUGGGACUUGAUCCGCGACAAGAUGAUUUACGGUUUCUUUAUGGGCUCGCUCUGCUUGGCCGCGUUUACUUCCGUUGCGUACGGACCAGGCGCGGGUGAUCUCGGCAGCCACUGCAACGACGGCUGGAACGAAACCUGUGGCGUUGUCUUCAGGGCCCGAUCCACCGUUUACGCCACCUUGAGCUUCCUGCUCUUGGUCACUGCCUGGGAGGUCAAGCACUUCCAGCGCAGCUUGUUCAACAUGAACCCUGAGUUGUGGACUGGUCCCACAGCCGUAUUCAAGACCGUCUUCAAGAACCGCUUCUUGUUCUGGGCCGUCGCCGGCGGCUUCAUCAUGACUUUCCCCGUCAUCUAUCUCCCUGUCGUCAACCGCGCUGUCUUCAAGCACGGCAUGAUUACCUGGGAGUGGGGUAUUGUGGUUGCCUGCCUCGUCGUUUACAUUGCUCUCAUUGAAACCUGGAAGGCUGUGAAGCGUCACAUGGGUCUCGGCAUGAUUGCACGCAGUUCCGAAGGACAGGUUUAG